CGGAUCUGAUCUAUUGUUGCAACACAUAUGUGUGAAAAGAGUGGAGUGAAGCUCUGAUUGCGUCGGAUUUCUUCUACUGUUCCUAGUUCUUACAUUCUGUACCUACGGCUUUCUCUCCAUGGAUUGCCAAGAAAAUGAGUACUGGGAUCAAUGGGGACGCUGUGUCACUUGUCAACAGUGUGGUCCUGGGCAGGAACUCUCUAAGGAUUGUGGUUAUGGAGAGGGUCGAGAUGCAUAUUGUAUGACUUGCCCUCCCCGGAGGUACAAGAACAACUGGGGCCACCACAGAUGUCAGAGUUGCAUCACAUGUGCUGUCAUCAAUCGUAUCCAGAAGGCCAAUUGCACAGCUACAUCUAAUGCUAUCUGUGGGGAGUGUCUUCCCAGGUUCUACCAAAAGACACGUAUUGGAGGCCUGCAAGACCAAGAGUGUAUACCAUGCACGAAACAGACCCCCACUUCUGAGGUUCAAUGUGCAUUUCAGUUGAGCUUAGUGAAGGCAGAUGUACCUACAGUGCCUCCACAGGAGGCCAUACUUAUUGCACUGGUGAGCGGUCUGCUGGUAGUGUUCACCUUGACCUUUGUGGGGCUCUUCUUUCUCUACUGCAAGAAGAUUUUCAGCAGACAUUGCCAGCAUGUUACAGGAGGCUCAUUGAAAUUUGAGAUGGAUGAGGUAACAGACGAAUCUGUCUUCCCCAUGCCACCUGGCCAGGAGACCAAUCCUGAGUAUCCACUGAGUGGGAGCAUCUUUGAGAACAAGCCACUUAACCCCAUUCUGGAUGACGACUGCAACUCAACUCAUACCUUCCACACACACAAAUCCUUUCCCAUGGCCUCUUGUGCCUCCGAGAGCCACUUGCACUGGGUGCACACCCCCAUCGAAUGCACAGAGCUGGACCUGCAAAAGUUUUCCAACUGUGCCUCCUAUACUGUAGUUGAGACCUUGGUGGGGAAUACAGAUGAAAACUCUGGAGAUAGGCUGGAGCUCAAUGUUCCCUUUCAAGUUCCAAGCCCUUAACUCUACUGAGAUCUCUUCUGCUCCUGAGAGUCAUGCCUCAUCAUUCUCCCCAGACUCACUGGCCUCAUUCCUAUACUACACCAGCAGCAACAACCAGGAAUAUGGUGUCCACAACAACCAGUAUUCUGCAAUGGAAUGUAUUCUUUCUUAUCCUACAAAGGACUGAUUCCUCACGAUUUUCCAAGGACUAGCUGGCAAUAUUGUUUGCUUCCCUGUUUCAGCCUGGAGACAGAAAUUCCCUAGCCUGGAACUACUGGACAUGUUUCUAACUUGACUUGGUUGUAGAAAAGAGAAGAUGGAAUGGCAAUGAGUGGAAAAGAGUUUUCCUGCUUAUGUUUUGGUCUUAUGAGCAUGAAGAAAGGAGGAUUUCAGAACUUUAUUAGCAUCUACAUAGCACUUAAGAGACAAAGUGAAAUGAUACUCGUUUAGCUCUUCUACAGUCUCUCUCCCUAAUACCCCAACAUACAAACACACAUGCAAAGAGAUUCCUCUUUGGAGAGACUUGGCACCAUGAUUCCAAAAUCUUGUCCCAUGAAAGCUCUAUAGCUUGCCCAUGUAUUAGGGUCUUCCUUCUCACAAAUAGGUCUAUACUCUUCUUUAGUAGGGGUUCAAAGUAAUGUCUUUUCCUUUUAAAAUGGGUUUUCCUAAAGUCCUUUUCAUUUUUAUUUCUUUUUCCCUCUUGUCUCUUCUGUUGCUUGCUGAUGCCUGGCCUCUGAGUCAAAGUGCAUUCCUGAGAUCUGGGAGGGGCUACUAAGGAGAAAAUGUUUUCAGUGGGGUCUGUUGCUUGGGAAUAUCAGGGACCAUUUGAUGCUUUCCUGGUUUGGUGAAAGGCUAAUCUAUUUGUUCUGAGCCUUCAUCACCAGUUUUAUAUGCUUCUUAGCAUGAAAUGGAAUUCUUUUUAUGGCCUUCUAAUGGAACAGGAAAGAUGAGACCCUCUAGCCUCAGGUAUAAACAUGAGGUGUAGAAUAACACACUUAGAUUGUUACCUACUCCUUCAUAGUAUAUCAGGUUUAGAAGGAAGAUCUGUUCAACUCAGCACAGCCACUGGCUACUUUGGGAGUAGUUGCAGUUUUGAAUGAUGGAUAAAACUUGAUUUGUAAAAAUCAAAAAUGAAAAUAUAUGAAAUUAUCCUGGGUUAAAGAUAUUGGGUAGUGCCUGCCUAGCAAGCUCGAGGCCCAGAGUUCGAUUCCUGGUACUAAAAAAGAAAAUAGUAAAAGUAACACCAAAAAUAGUCCCUUUGGAAAAAAAAGGAUGUUGGAUUCCACUACUUAGAUGACUUCUGAACUUCACAUUUUACAAUAUAUUUUUACAUUUGUCAUCUCAUUUUUUGUUGUAUUUUUAGAGAAGGGCCUACAGGGUGUUC